AUGCCUUCUGCGUUAAGCGACAUUGUUAUUAGAGUGUAUUUGGAUGACAUGGAGGGGUUAAGCUCACCAAGUUUUGAGGAAGUCGACAGGCUGGCCGGGAAAUCAGAACAGCCAAGCGAAACGAGCCAACCACGUGUAUUUCUGCCAUGGAGUCUCCGUGGACUAAAUCAGGAUUAUCAAUACCAAAGACAGCAACCUCUUGAGUCCUGGAGAUUUCGUUGCGGUACGAGUUGUCCUGUCAAAAACAGAAGAAAUGCGAAGCGUGAUCAAACCAGCUCCUUCGAUGCUCGAAAUCCAGAGGCUCAUCUCAAUUAUACAGACUGUCGGAUGGCAACAGAUAUGAGAAGGACAGAGAUUGUGGCUACGGAGAAUGAGAGAAAACAUGAGAACGAAGCCAUCGCCUUUACUUCUGCAUCCGGUGUUCAGCCACACGCCUCAAUUACAAGUGUUGGUGGAGAUUCAGGCAUUCCAAAAGUCGAAACAGGGCUGCAAAACAGGAAAGACCGUUACGAGCCAAGAACCGGGCCAGUCGGGGAGACUGCAGAUGUUGCUAUCAAAGAUACAAAGAAAAGAAAGCUCGUCGGGAGAAAGAACAACAAGAAUACCUGGAUUAGCGAGAGGUUCAAAGCUACAAACGUUAGGCAAGGUCGCUUGACACUUCAUUCCAACAACAAACUAGGUAUCUUCAAGAAAGGCAAGACCUCUUCACCGGUUCAACCACGAGAGAUCCCAUAUCUAAAUUUUUCGGAGGCUGCAUUCCUUUCGAAGGAAUCGAAAUAUUUUGAGAAGGACACUCAAUCGGUCAAUCCAAAGGGCCAGAAGGAGCCUUCUGAACGAGAACCACAGAAAGACUUUGCUCACCGCUUCAGACCGUUUAUGGACCAGUCUCGAGAUCAGCAUACCGCACCGCUGACACUUCAUGCAACUGCCCUUGGUGUUUCGCCAACUGAGCUUCCCUUAAAAAUUGACAGUAAUGACCGUAGCAACUUGGAUACUGAACAAUACACAGAGCCCAGUCGACCGAAUACCAGUGAGCGAGAUAGCGCUCAGCCACCUCUUGACCCUGCCAUGGAGCUGUACGUUCGAAAUGUCCUACGGGAGUGUCACUGGCCGAUUCACGCGAACAACUCCGAAUCUCAGACAAUUCUAAUGGUGCGGUACUCCUCUUUCCUAAGAAACAUAGAAACGUGCCACUGUGAGGGAGAGCUGACAUUGGAUGCAGGUCACAUUUGUAGGGAACCUUCUGUAGUUCCUUACAUGCGACUCCCUGGGGCAAGCGUGUUUUCCCCAGGCUCUGAUAAUCCGGAGGCGGUUACAACUGCGUCUGCUCAGGAGAUCCAAGACACGGGUUCCAUUGGCAAAAGAGCACAUUGGAAAAGAAAUGGAGACCUUCAAGUACAACGGAUAGGCGAUGAGAGCGAAUAUCCCAAUCCACACGAGCUCGAAGCUCUCUUGAUGGCAGAUCACGAGAAAUUACUGGAACUCUAUGGAGACAAUCCAGCCCUUGGCAAUCAAAACGAGUUUUCUUCUCUGAACUUGCGGACGCCAAAUGAAGUUUUAAUGGAGCUACUUGUCCAACCUUCCGAUUUCAGUGAAGCUAUGGAGCUCGAGGAUGUGGAAAACAAGAUCGAUACAGCCCCUUAUGACCUUGAUGAAGCUAAUAUCCGCUUCAGCGAUACCUCAGGAGACCUUCGAGAAUUAACUGAGAAUCUCGAAGAUCUAAUUCCGCUGGUUCGAAAUAGUGAUGAUUCCUUCGGCAUUCAAGAUGAUCUUUACGAUUUGACUCACAAGUCCCGCAUGGCUUCGUCUAGUCCCCACAGCAAACCGCUUGUUAAUCAGGAUAGUUCUGAUAGAUGGCAACCAUCAGGAAUCCAGAUCCGGUCAGAGAAAUUACUGCAUUCUACCUAUCUCCGAUCAGGCCAAGACCGCGAGUAUGGCAUUAUCCCAGAUGGAAACCAUCCACUCUUGUGGAGUUUACCGACGCAAUCUAGCCGUCAGUUUUCAAGAUUGCCUUUGCCUUGCUGGACAACUGAGCGGCCUGUUCCGUCGCUGCUUCAACGGGACGAGCCCACACGAUCUCAGUUGGCAGGCACAAGUACCGAACUACGCGGAUUCUGGCGACAGAACAACCUGUAUUGA